UUGUUUGGUCUUUUCUUCAAUCAUUUCUCUAAAGAAGCUUUUCGUUGAUUUUUCAUCUUCAUUAUUCACCCUUAUAUUUCCCUAUAUGAGCAAGAUUCAACUUUUAACAUGAGUGCUUGCAUUCAGGUUCCAAUACAGCUCCGACCCAUUCCAACUUCUUCUCCUUUUUGGGUUGUGUAUUUGAGGAAGGCUGAAGAAAAUGGAGAGCGGUUUGGAGCCCCAGAGACCCACCAACGAAAAUACUCAGAAGGAAGACCAUUCUCUCAUGGACCUGGGCUCUGGGAAUUUCGGGUGCUCACAUUACAGAAGGAGGUGCAAAAUUAGAGCACCUUGUUGCGAUGAAAUAUUUGAUUGCAGGCAUUGCCAUAACGAGUCAAAGAAUUCAAUGGAAGUUAAACCUUGUGAUCGCCAUGACAUUCCUCGCCAUGAUUUGAAAAGGGUCAUAUGCUCCUUGUGUCAAACAGAACAAGAUGUUCAACAACAUUGCAUCCAAUGUGGGGUUUGCAUGGGUAAUUACUUUUGCUCAAAAUGCAAAUUCUUUGAUGAUGAUGUCUCAAAAAAUCAAUUCCAUUGUGAUGAAUGUGGUAUCUGCAGAGUAGGAGGUGAAGAGAAUUUCUUCCACUGUAAUAAAUGUGGAUGUUGUUAUUCAACAUUGUUGAAGGAUUCACACAUUUGCGUGGAAAAAGCAAUGCAUCACAAUUGCCCCGUCUGCUUUGAGUUUCUUUUUGAUACGAUGAAGGGAAUUACUGUCUUUCCCUGUGGACACACUAUACAUUUGGAAUGUGUGAAAGAGAUGGAGCGGCAUUUCCAGUAUUCGUGCCCUGUCUGUUCAAAAUCAUACUGUGACAUGUCACGCGUGUGGGAAAAACUUGAUCAGGAGGUUGCUUCAAUUCCCAUGCCUGAAAUAUAUAGAAACAAGAUGGUGUGGAUCCUCUGCAAUGACUGUGGGGAGACAUCAGAGGUCAAUUUCCACAUUGUAGCGCACAAAUGCCUAAAAUGCAAAUCCUACAACACAAGGCAGACACAAGGAGGGCCUUCCUCAUGCUCGUCGCGGAUUGCAGAGAUGGUGAGAUGAUCGACUUGGUUAAAUUUUCGUAUUUCUACCUUAAGCUCUGUAUGACCUUUGCUUCCGACAGAGGAGGGUAAAAUUAGGAGUUCUUCGCCAUUCUUUUCCAGUUAUUACACUGUUACUUCAGUUGUUGUCGAAAUAGUUUGUUUAUUAGCCAUUUUACUUCUGAUUAGGGGACCCAGAAAAUCACAUUCUGUGAUAUUGUAACCUGUUGUACUAUGUUUUGUUAGUCAACCAUGUUUCUUUUUUAACCAAGUAA